CGUCACCGGGAAGUGCAUCCGGGGCCGCCCAAAGUAGUUCCUCGGUGACGGCGGCGGCGCGGCGCGGAGGGAUCCGCCGUGUCCUGGCAGAGCGGCGGCCGCGGCCCGGCGCGGCCCGCCCGGCCCCGGCAUGUUCAAGAACACCUUCCAGAGCGGCUUCCUCUCCGUGCUCUACAGCAUCGGCAGCAAACCGCUCCAGAUCUGGGACAAGAAGGUGCGCAAUGGCCACAUCAAGCGAAUCACAGACAAUGACAUUCAGUCACUGGUGCUGGAGAUUGAAGGAACAAAUGUCAGUACCACGUACAUCACGUGCCCUGCUGACCCAAAGAAGACCCUGGGCAUCAAACUACCUUUCCUAGUGAUGAUCAUCAAGAACCUGAAAAAAUACUUCACUUUUGAAGUGCAGGUGCUGGAUGACAAGAACGUCCGUCGGCGUUUCCGGGCCAGCAACUACCAGAGCACGACGCGGGUGAAGCCCUUCAUCUGCACCAUGCCCAUGCGGCUGGACGACGGCUGGAACCAGAUCCAGUUCAACCUGUCCGACUUCACGCGCCGCGCCUACGGCACCAACUACAUCGAGACCCUAAGAGUGCAGAUCCACGCUAACUGUCGCAUCCGCCGGGUGUAUUUCUCUGACCGGCUGUACUCAGAGGAUGAGCUCCCAGCCGAGUUCAAGCUGUAUUUGCCUGUCCAGAACAAGGCCAAGCAAUAACACCGCAUUGGGAAGAGAUGUUGGCGUGCAAAUUGUACAGAGUCAGAGUUUUCCUGGCUGUUCCUGAAGUGCUGAGCCUAAACUCUGCAGGUGGCCUGGUACCCAGUCUUGUCUUGCUCAAAGUGGCCACUGUGCCUCCAAAGAAGGGAUUCAGCAGGAGUUGUGGAGUUAAGUGUAUCCUCUUGAAGUUAGCAAUUUUAUUUUUAUUUCCUUGUUUUCCAUCUCUUAUAUAUGCUCUAAAUAUGGAUGUAAUACUUGUUCUUGAAAAGUUAUUAAACAUUUGGCUCUGUAAAUCUG